GAUCAAAGCCCUUUCCUCGCUAUGGAUAUAAACCGUCACCACCAAAUGGUUGUGGAUCCCCUCUGUUUGGAGUUCAGUUUGACAUCGGUAUCCCUUCGAUGACAAAGUGCUGCAAUCACCACGACAGAUGCUAUGAUACUUGUGGCAAUAAAAAAAACGAUUGUGAUGAGCAGUUUCAGUCCUGCCUCUCCAAAAUUUGCAGAGAUGUGCAGAAAACUCUUGGAAUCUCAGAGAGUGUCCAGGCUUGUGAAUCAACUGUUCAGCUGUUGUUUGAUGCAGUUAUACAUUUAGGAUGUAAACCAUACCUGGAUAGCCAGAGAGCUGCAUGUAUGUGUCGUUACGAGGAUAAGACAGAUCUCUGA